ACACGAUCGUCGUAUAUGAAGUCUUAUUUCUAAAACAAAGUUUGAAAAAUGGCUUCACCUCCUACAAAAUUGAAGUUUGAGAUAAACGGAUCUCGUUUAAGUAAACUGUUGAUAAAUAAAGGAACACAAGCUUUGAAAACAACAUUGCAGUUUAUGAUAAGCUUUCGCUCGUCAAACCUAAGCGAUGAACUUAAUAAACCCUCAAAUAAAAGUAAAUUGGAAUCAUUAAGAAAAAGAAGCGUCAUCAACAAAGAGCAAUGGAACCUUCUUUAUCCACCAACUGGUUUGCCAGAUCUUGAAAACUUUGAUAUUUCCUUAAUGACUGUCUUAUUGCGUAACAUAUGUUGUCUAACAGCGCCACAUGGUGGAUGGGAUAAUCUUCCUUUCUCUUCAGAUACUUCAGUCUCAGCAAAUAUUGCAAGAAUAAAGUUUUAUCGAAACAAAGUGUACGGUCACAUAACCACAACUAGUGUAGAUGACAGUGAGUUUGAGCAUUUGUGGCAGGAAAUUUCAAAAGCAUUGGUUGGUCUGGGUAUUCAACAAACUGAAAUAGAUGAAUUGAAGGAAGCUCGUCUCAGUCCUGAUGAAGCAAAUUAUAUUGAAAUGUUAAAAAACUGGUGUACUGUUGCUAAGAAAACAAAAGAAGAUGUGGAAGAUAUAAAAAAUGACGUGGAGGAAAUUAAAGAAAUCGUGUCAACAAAAGCUGAAGUUUUUGGAGUAAGAGAAAUGUUGCAGGACAAAACAUAUUCAGAUGUCGAAAAGCUUGGAAAGUGUAAUUUUAACUUUCUCAUAAAAGAUCUUAACAAAAAAUACCUUGAAGGCACUAGACAAUGGUUAUUUGAAAAACUCGACAUUUGGUUUAAUGAUAGAAGUGAAGAUUCUUCUAAUGUCAUGAUUUUGAUUGCCGGUCCUGGCGUUGGUAAAAGUGUGUUUGCUGCUGAGGUGUGUCGACGAUAUUCUGAAAAGAAGAAACUUGCUGCUUGUCAUUUCUGCAGAUAUAAUAGAUCAGAUGAGAGGAAUCCUCGAAUAUUGAUAGAAUCAUUGGCCAGUAACAUGUGUGAUACAAUAUCAGAUUUUAAAUCUAAACUGAAUGAAGAAUUACAGAGAAACAAUUCCUACAAAUCAGUCACCGAUGCAUUCCUUGUUUUAUUAAAUAAUCCAUUGCAUUCGUUAAAAGAUCAAAAACCAAUGCUUUUGGUUAUUGAUGCCUUAGAUGAAAGCCAAGUUGAUGGCAAAAGUGAAUUGUUGGAAUUGAUUGCAGAUGAGUUUGACCGACUGCCUAAAUGGAUUAAAAUCUUCAUCACCAGUCGUCCAGAACUUCCUGUUCGAAAGGAGUUGAAAGUCAUGAAUCCUGUGGAAAUUACAACUCGUCCUCGUGAUGAAAACAACGAAAAAGACCUGCAGAAGUAUUUGAGACAUCAGUUGAAUAAUCGGGUGCAGGAAGAUCCCCACGUUCUUCAGUCAUUAGUUAAAAGAUGUGAGGGAUCAUUUUUUUACGCGUAUUACGCGCAACUGAGCUUGAAAAAAGAAAAUACUGAGCUUACUCACAAAAACAUUCAACAAUUGUUCCCUAGUGUGUUAAGCGGUGUUUACACAAAGCAAUUCAAAAGAGUAAAAGAAUUGUUAACGAAGAAAAGUCUCAGAAAUCCUCUUAUGUCUGAAACUACUUUCAUGCAAUUUCUUGAAUUGUUGGCUGCCUGUAGGGAGUUUUUACCAUUAACUUUACUGUUUAGCUAUAUAGGUUUUUCUGGUGACAUCAAGUUUGAAGUUCGCAGUAAAAUCAUUGAACUGCUAUCUGAAAUUUUGCCAGUUUACGAUGAUUGCUUAACCGUGUAUCACAAAUCUUUAAGUGAUUGGUUGAAAUCAGAUGGUUACGAACAGCAUGAGUUUACAGUUAAUCCAAAAAAUGGUCAUAAGUUCUUAUGGCAUGCUUGUGAGAAAGUGUUUGAACAAAUGAAGUGUAUGAACAUUUCAGAAGAUCAGAUGAACGCUGCUAUGAUUAAAUAUGCUUUGAAGAAUGGAGUCCACCAUAUGAUUGAAUGUGGCGAAAAGGUUGAAUUUAGUUGGGAAGAAGAUGUCAAAGUGGUUGAUGCGAGGUUAAUGGUUGUGGAAGACAAUGACAUGCAUACCAUUAGGUCUGAAUUACCAUUAGGUGGUUCUAAACCAGCAGCACCAACACAGUCCCGUGUAUCUGAAACACACCCUAUGGUCACUCCUUCUCAAUCAACAUCCUCCAGAGUCCCUAGUGAACCUACUAACAAUGACCCUAAGCAACCUCCCGCUUUACCAAUACAUACUCCAAGAACGCGGUCAGUUCUUUCAAGAACACCUCCAGAUCUUUCAAGAACACCCAUAGUUUCUCCAAGAACACCUCCAGAUCCUACAAAAACACCCCUAUUUCUUCCGGAAACACCUCCAGAUCCUUCAAGAACACCCCUAGUUCCUCCAGGAACACCUCCACAUCCUAGAAAACACCCCCAGAUCCUACAAAAACACCUCUAGUUCUUCCAAGAGCACCUCCACAUUCUAGAAAACACCCCAGAUCCUACAAAAACACCUCUAGUUCUUCCAAGAGCACCCUCAGAUACUUCAAUAACACCAACAGUUCCUCCAAGAACACCCUCAGAUCUUUCAAGAACACCAACAGUUCCUCCAAGAACACAACCGGUUUCUCCAAUGCCACCCCAGCGUGAGAAUGAUAGUAAACUUGAAGAGACAUUAAAAGGACUUACUUUAAAGAGAGAUCAGUAUAAAUUAGCUGCUCGCAAUUGUAACAGAAGUGGUGACAAAGAAAAUGCAAAAAAAUAUUUGAUUAUAUCGAAGGACUUCGAUGUUGUCAUUCAAGCUGUAAAGGAUGGAAAAGAUGUUGAUCUCAUACAAUGCCCUCCCCUCCCUGGAUUUCCAGAAUUUAAUUUGAAAAGCCAAUUUCUUGAUGAACAUUACAACAUUAAAAAAGACAUACAUGAAAAAUUCAAAAGCAUAUCUUGGAUAUGUGGCAACUAUGGAACAGUUACAAAAAACAAAAUUAUACCAUAUCCUCAUUUGUAUAUCACAGUUGAUGGUGAUGAAGGAAGGUCCGAUGAAGAUUUAAAGAAAGAAAUUGACAAGAUAUUUGAAUGGGAAGCAUCAAAAUUCAUUGAAAUCAGGCGUAAACCUUACAAAAAACCAAAGAUUCGAUA